UAAUCCCCCUCGGCUCCUCCGCAUCUCGCAUCCUCGCCGCUGCUGCUGCAAUUAACGCCACCGCCGGCCAACAACCCGAAACCUACCUCCGCCGUGGUCGCCGCAACCGCCGCCAGCAUGGCGAGCCAAGGGGAGCCGUCGGCCUCCGCUUCCGAUCCGAAGGGGAAGAAGGACUACUCGACGGCGAUCCUGGAGAGGAAGAAGUCGCCGAACCGCCUGGUCGUUGAUGAGGCCACCAACGACGACAACUCCGUCGUCGCUCUGCACCCGGAAACCAUGGAGAGGCUGCAGCUCUUCCGCGGCGAUACCGUGCUCCUUAAGGGUAAGAAGAGGAAAGAUACUAUUUGCAUUGUCCUUGCGGAUGAAACCUGUGAGGAACCAAAGGUUCGGAUGAACAAGGUUGUCCGCCAGAACCUGAGGGUGAGGCUUGGUGAUGUGGUUUCCGUCCACCAGUGCCAGGAUGUGAAAUAUGGGAAGCGUGUACACAUUCUUCCAAUCGAUGAUACAGUUGAAGGCAUUACAGGGAACCUGUUUGACGCCUUCUUGAAACCAUACUUCCUAGAAGCAUACCGUCCCGUGAGGAAAGGAGACCUUUUCCUUGUCAGGGGUGGAAUGAGAAGUGUGGAGUUCAAAGUGAUAGAGACUGAUCCUGCUGAGUAUUGCAUUGUUGCCCCAGAUACUGAAAUAUUUUGUGAUGGGGAGCCUAUUAAGAGGGAGGAUGAGGAACGUCUUGACGAAGUUGGUUAUGAUGAUGUCGGAGGAGUCAGAAAGCAAAUGGCCCAAAUCAGGGAGCUUGUUGAGCUUCCUCUGCGCCAUCCUCAGCUUUUCAAAUCUAUUGGUGUGAAGCCACCAAAGGGCAUAUUGCUGUACGGACCACCUGGUUCCGGGAAGACUCUUAUUGCUCGUGCAGUUGCAAAUGAGACUGGAGCCUUUUUCUUUCUUAUCAAUGGCCCAGAGAUUAUGUCAAAGCUAGCAGGUGAGAGUGAGAGCAAUCUCAGGAAGGCAUUUGAAGAAGCAGAAAAGAAUGCUCCAUCUAUCAUUUUCAUUGAUGAAAUUGAUUCCAUUGCUCCCAAGAGGGAGAAGACCAAUGGAGAAGUGGAGCGUCGUAUUGUUUCACAGCUACUGACUCUUAUGGACGGACUCAAAGCUCGUUCCCAUGUUAUUGUUAUGGGUGCUACAAACCGACCUAACAGCAUUGAUCCUGCUCUUCGAAGAUUUGGAAGGUUUGACCGGGAGAUUGACAUUGGGGUUCCUGAUGAAGUUGGAAGGCUUGAGGUCCUCCGCAUUCACACGAAGAACAUGAAACUAGCUGAGGAUGUUAAUUUGGAACUCAUUGCCAAGGAUACCCAUGGAUAUGUUGGUGCUGAUCUUGCUGCUCUUUGCACUGAGGCUGCUCUUCAGUGCAUUCGUGAGAAGAUGGACAUCAUAGAUCUUGAGGACGAGACGAUAGAUGCUGAGAUACUCAACUCGAUGGCUGUUACAAAUGACCAUUUCAAGACUGCACUUGGAACAAGCAACCCAUCUGCUCUUCGUGAAACUGUUGUUGAAGUUCCUAAUGUCUCUUGGGAGGAUAUUGGUGGGCUGGACAACGUCAAGAGGGAGCUCCAGGAGACUGUUCAAUAUCCUGUUGAGCACCCGGAGAAGUUCGAGAAGUUUGGCAUGUCUCCAUCCAAAGGAGUUCUGUUCUAUGGCCCUCCUGGUUGUGGUAAGACCUUGUUGGCCAAGGCAAUUGCCAAUGAGUGCCAGGCCAACUUCAUCAGUGUCAAGGGUCCUGAAUUGCUUACCAUGUGGUUUGGUGAGAGUGAAGCCAACGUCCGUGAAAUUUUCGACAAGGCUCGCCAAUCUGCUCCCUGUGUCCUCUUCUUUGAUGAGCUUGACUCGAUUGCUACUCAGAGAGGAAGCAGUGUAGGUGAUGCUGGAGGUGCAGCUGAUAGAGUGCUCAAUCAGCUAUUGACAGAGAUGGACGGCAUGAAUGCUAAGAAAACCGUUUUCAUUAUUGGGGCUACAAACAGGCCUGAUAUCAUUGAUCCAGCUUUGCUUAGGCCAGGGCGUCUUGACCAGCUGAUCUACAUUCCACUGCCUGAUGAGCAGUCUAGGCUACAGAUCUUCAAGGCCUGCCUUAGGAAGUCCCCUGUGGCGAAGGAAGUGGACUUGAACGCUCUUGCUAAGUACACCCAAGGGUUCAGUGGUGCAGAUAUCACUGAAAUUUGCCAGCGUGCCGUCAAAUAUGCCAUCAGAGAGAACAUUGAGAAGGAUAUUGAGAGGGAAAGGCGGAGAAAGGACAACCCGGAGGCAAUGGAGGAGGAUGAAGUGGAUGACAUUGCCGAAAUCAAGGCAGCUCACUUUGAGGAGUCGAUGAAGUACGCACGCCGCAGUGUCAGCGACGCAGAUAUCCGCAAGUACCAGGCGUUUGCCCAGACGUUGCAGCAGUCCCGUGGGUUUGGCAGCGAGUUCCGCUUCUCAGAGCAGUCAGCGACUGCCGCCACCACAGCUGCAGCUGAUCCUUUUGCAUCCACUGGUGCGGCUGAUGAUGACGAUCUAUACAGCUAGGUUUCUUGUUGGGUUGUUGCUGGUUGGUUCUGGGUUGUGUUCGAUAUCAGUCGCAUCAAUCAUCUGUUUAAAACUAAUCAUACUUUAGACACGAGAUGCCGUGCAAUGAUAUUUAUGUUCCGUACAUUUGGAUGUAGCCGACUCUCGGCUUGUUUUAAUUAUUCAUGAUAUACUAUUGGCCAAUGUCUCUCUUGGUUGAUGACAA